AUGAAACUCACGCUGGCAGCGGUCCAGAUGGGCUCUAAACUGGGCAAGGUUGCUGGAAAUAUGGCUGUUGCCGAGUCGCUGUUACAAAAGAUCACCCAGCGACCAGCCGUCGCAGUUUUACCAGAAUUGGCACUCACGGGCUAUGCUUUUGAGUCGCCAAAGGCCAUAGCGCCAUAUUUAGAGAGUCGAAAUGGACCAUCGACUCAAUGGGCAUGUGAAAUGGCGAAAAACUAUGACAUUAAUAUUUGUAUUGGGUAUCCCGAAACCACGUCCACGGGAACCAUCUACAACGCUGCUUCUUUGUGUUCUUCGAAGGGCAAUGUGCUAAUGAACUAUCGCAAAACGCAUUUGUACGAAACAGAUAGACAGUGGGGUUGCUGCCCUUCUCCGGAAGGGUUCAUAGCCGGAGGUCCCUGGCCAGAUUUUCCGAUCAAAACCCAGAUCGGAAUAUGCAUGGACUUGAAUCCUCAUGAAUUUACGGCUCCUUGGGAUGCAUAUGAAUUUGCAAGAAGCAUAGCUUCGAACAAGAGUCAGUUGGUUCUCGUUCCGACCGCUUGGCUAGCCGGAGACUACAAGAGCGAUGAGCUGGACCAUGAUCUUGUAGACUAUUGGAGAGCCAGAAUACCCCUUGAUGUACCAAUUGUUAUUGCAAACCGAACAGGUAACGACGGCAGCACUGUUUAUGGGGGUUCAUCGACGAUAUUAUAUAGCGAUAAUUCGUACUCUGUCGCCGGUGAAGGGGUGGUCGAACACACAGUAGAGAUUUAA